AUGGCGACAUACGGGACUGAUGCCUCGCCAGAGACGACCGAAGCUCACACUUAUCAGCGUUCCCUGAGGGAGUCGUCCCCCACUGUGAUCAGAGAUAGGCACGACCUUAUGGCUGACUUGCCACAAAGCUACCAGCUCCGUUCAUUCUCGACAUACUCCACUCCAAAGCAGCUGCACAACGCGGUGAAAGCCAUCCAUGACCAGUUGGAGCAGAACGAUUGGCAAGGAAACCAAUGGCUAGUUAUCAUGGGUAUGUCACAAGCCGCCAUCGACAGGCUGAGCAAUAAGCCCGACUGCCUGCCGGGAAUCUCUUUUCGAUUCAUGUGGAUUGGAACUACAGGACUCAUCAAAGUAGUCCCACCUAUUGCACAUGAUCUGACCACAUCGGGUGUGAGCCACUAUAUCGACCGGCAGUGCAUUCGGAUGGGAGUGGCAGACAAUGAUCUUGUUUGGGGACUUACAGUAACGACACCUGGUACCGUCACUACCCAUGGCAAACAGCCGGAUAAUUGCUUCUACCCACCUAACCGCCAGCCUUUGGGUGGCCAGUUCAACGGCUGGCCGUCACUCGUCAUAGAAACGGGAGUUUCAGAGUCUUUGAGAAAGCUUCGUCGAGACGCCACUUGGUGGUUCGAAAAUUCCUCCGGGGACACCAGAAUUGUCCUCCUCAUCUCGAUAAAAGUCCGCACCAAGGAGGUCAGAUUCGAGAAAUGGCAGCUUGCCCCUCCCAACCUUACACCUCUGACAAGACAAGGAAUUAAUCAGCUACGUCAGCAAGCCAACCUGAUGCCCCCCCUUAUCCAGCAGCAGGCAGCCAGCCAACUCGCCUUCUGCCAUCAGGAAGUAAUCGUUACGCCCACAUCCAUUACCGGUGGACCUCUUGUGAUCCCUUUCAGAGCCAUUUUUGAUCGGCAGCCUACGGGAGCUGAAGGCGAUAUAAUUAUCAACAACCAGGACUUUCGUACCAUUACGCGGUUUGUUUAA